UCUCUCUCUGUAGAAGAAUUAAAGCAUAAUUCCUAUUUUGAGCAAUCGUCAGAAAUAAUUUGCAAGAGAACAAACUUGAAACCCUGUAACUUACAUCGAGAAGCCUGUGUUUUCCCGCACACGAACCAAUCACUCCUUCGUAAAGUGGCGGGACGGACAUCCUUGUCAAAAGUUGUUUACAUUUUGCUAGCCGAGUGUUUCGUAGUGUUGCUACCGAUGUCAGCUGAAAUUUGCCAUGAGAUUUUCUCAGACGUUUAGGACAAGUGGGUGGCAUUGUCAAUUGUCAACUAAUGGAGGAUUCAUUGCUAGCGCACACCAACAUCAGCUCGUAGUUAGAAGAUCAGAAACCGGCGAAAUUGUUCAGUCCUUUACGUGUGAUGACGCUAUUGAGAAAAUUGCAUGGUCUCCGGAUUCUGAAUACUUGCUGUGUGCACUCUACAAAAGAUGCAGAGUGCAGAUAUUUUCCCUUACUGAUUGUGACUGGAGGUGCAGAGUAACAGAAGGCACGAGUGGUCUCAUAGAUGCUUUAUGGUGUCCUGAUAGCAGACACAUUCUGACCAUAGGUGAAUUCUAUGCAUGUGUCAGCAUCUGGUCACUUGUAAACUGUUCUGUCUUAUAUAUACACAAUCUAAAGUCGACAGCCUCUCCUGCUUUGUCGUUUAGUCCUGAUGGCAGUUACCUAGCAGUGAUAGAAGACCAUGGGUCCACAAGCAAGAUUUCAUUCUUUGACCCGACAGCCUGGAAACUGAUUAAGCAUGUCUCGUGCGAUGACUUUCUGGGUGUUGGCGGAAUGUCUUGGUCCCCUAAUGGCUCAACAUUAUGUUUGUGGGACAACGAGCUCCACCAGUGUUCUGUAAAACUGUUUUGCAUGGAAACUGGGUCAUGGAUAGGCCAAUAUAAGCACAAUUGUCUUGGUGCCAAAGUAGUUGCAUGGUCACCAUCAGGACAGCUUCUUGCCAUUGGCUGCUGGGAUGGCACUGUGCUGCUAUUGAAUUAUAUAACAUGGGAACCUCUUGUGGUGAUCAAACAUAGCAACGAGCUGAGUGACUCAGACUGCACCAUUUACAGACAACCAGUAGAUAAGGAGAAAACUGACAUCAGCUAUAGCACUGAAGUAGUAAAAUAUCGCCCAGUGACAGUGAUACCAUUGGCCUGGGACAAGGGAGGUGACAGCUGGAAAAACCGGGGUGUCGGUGUGUUGAACUUCAGUAGCUGUGGCUCGUGGCUGGUGACACGCGAUGACAGCAUGCCUGCUCUUGCAUGGGUCUGGGAUUUGAAUGGCUGCCUUGUCAGUGCUGUCAUCCACAAUGAGCCCAUUACAGGUAUGAUCUGGGAUCCACAGAAAGCAUGUUUGCUAUCAACUACUAACACUUCUACCAUCACCAUUCUAAAUGUCACUAAAGGAGCAAAAUGCAUGACAGUACCCAAUGGAUCAGCUCUUGGUGAAGUUUUAGUGAAGAGGAUAUUGUGUGACCCAUUUGGGCGGUAUGCUGUCCUUGUAGGUAGAACUCGAUUUGUCAUUCUCUAUUCAAAGUAAAUCUUCAAGACACUUGGAGAUGCCUUUGUACUGAGGACUGUUUUGAUUGAAGUGUUAAAGUUCUAUUGAUUAUCUGCAUCAUUUGGACAAUAGAUGGCUUUUGAUAUUCGUGUUGUCAGAGAUUUUAUUUUACUGAAACAUUGCUUGUUCAGUUUCAGUUGUUUAGUAAAGUGAUACUGUUAUUGAUUAAUCUACUUAGUUUUAUGUACCGGUAUAUCUAGCUUGCAUAUUUUGGCUUGUUCAUGCCUGUUUAAAAGAUACUGCAUUAUAUUUGUAAAGCAGAAUAGGAAUGUAUGAAUCACUUCAACACAUAUAAGUUGUUUAUGUUGAGUCAUUGUUGUACGUAUUUUUUCUCCAUGAAUCAUGAAACAGAUGGUAUUUAUAAAGUUCUGUACAUGUAACAGCAGUAUUGCAAUAACUGUACUCUUUUUUUUAAAUAAAAAUUUAAUAAGGAAAUUGAUACAUCCUGUAUUUAAUGUUAGAUUACAGUACAGAUGCUACCCCUUUUGUACAUAAUCUCUGAUUCAUAACAUAAACAGUAUUGUGCUACUAAAGUUGCCACUUAAAAUUAUUUGAAAGAAUACAAAUGUUUUUCAGUUUUAUUCUCUCUAAAAAGUUGGUAGGACUAUAUUUCAUUUUUGUUUGUAAUCAAGUACUUCAUCUUACCCAUCCUUUUUAUGUGCCAUUCGUUGCUAAUCUUAGUUAUAUUUUUUAGUUAUAUCUAACAAAUGUACACAAUUACAUUUUUUCAGAGUAUUUUUAACAUCAAAUUUUAGUGUUCUAUAUUUUUGUUUACGUGUAGUCAUUGUGGUUAAUGGUGGUACAUUGGUGCAUUUGAAAUGAUGAUAUUUUUGUGAUGCACUUUUGGUAAUAAGUUCCUACAACUUUAAAUUACAUCACUGAU